AUGUACUCAAACGAAAAUAAGGAGAAUGCAAAUUAUGUGUUUAACAGAUCAAAGGGUGUUAAAAGUCCUGGUCUUUUCCUUAAGGUAAACAAAGGACUUCGUGGUGGCAAAAAUGUCAUUUCUUAUAAUGUGUCUACUCGCCGUAAAUUAAUUCUCCGCAGUGCUCGACAGAGCUUGUCUUUGAAAUUCGGGAAACUUGCCAUCGAGCAUGGUGAAAACAGGGCGCCUAGUUCUCCUUCAUCUGAUAAUACUCCAAGGCGACGUUCGGAACUAGCACAUUGGGAUCUUAAUAAUGUCCCGAGCAGUUCUUCCACUUCUGGUUCAAAAGCAACCAUUAAAAAACCGAACGCAAAACCAGAGUUGGCUAAAGAUAACGUAAUGAGAUUAUUUUCAAUUAAUCGAAAUCUGGAAGAUGUUUUUUUCCGCAUUCGUCGAACAAUGAAAUUCGAUGAAGAUAAAGAGCCAUAUAAACUCACGCACUUUCUUCGUUAUCUUGGAAAUGAAAUGAUUCGCGAAAAGCGUGAUCAUUAUCGUCGAUCUGAUUUUUUAGUUAAUAAGCACGUGGACACACAAACAAGAGAUAUGCUCUGCACAAUUGCUGAUUGGAUGAUCGGUUUAUCUGAGUUGUUUCCUCUUACUCAAUAUGUCAUUCAUUUGGCUUGGGAUAUCUUCCUCUGCUACUUGGAAGCGAUGAAGUCGGAGAGGAAAUUCGACAUUGCCUACAACGAGCGGGAAGCUGCAUCCCAAGUUCCCAUAAAUUGGCUUUCCAAUAGUGCGAAGAUCGCCGUUCAAACAGCUAUCAAAUUAGCCGAUGUAGAUCCGCAAAUUAUUGACUUCGAGCAUGAUAACAGCAAGUUAUUUGGUGAAUUAAACUUCUACACAUAUGUGGCCGAAGAAAAGGCUUUUUUGUCAACUAUUAAGUUUAACUUCCUCUGGCCCAGUGAUGUUGUCUUUCUCGAUGAGUUUCUUGAGGUGUUAGAUUCGCAGAAUGCGAUGAUGAAAAAGAUGUGUAGCUUUCUCCUUGAUGUGGGAAUGCAUAAUCAUGAACUUAGCCUUUCACAAGCUUCUAAAAAGGCCGCAGCUGUGCUUUGGCUAGGCCGAUGUGUUCUCAAUAACCCUACUUAUAGAAUUUGGCGAGCUCAACCCGAAAUCUCCUCGGUGCUUGAUCUCAUUGAUUCGAACCCGGAUUUCUACGACCCCUUGAUAGCUUCAAACUCUAAAGAAUUAGAGAAUACCUUACCACCCGAUCAGCUGGAACUCAUCAACAGUAUGAAAAAUCUACUUGAAUUGGAAGGAGACUUGAAGCCCCUGUGGUCCCCUUUAUUGGAGACUAUUACUACCUACUCUGAAAGUGAGAUUAUUCCCUUGGCCCUUAAAUACCACAAGCAAGCUUUUUGGCAGUUAGCUGAGACUGUGAAAUAUAGGGAAAUAGUGCAAAAGCAAAAAGCAACUGUGCGUUCCCUAGAAAGGACUCUCAAAUUUCCAGUUGAACUCAAACGUGCUCCAACUGUAACUAAAAGGCCAGUGUCAACUUGCAAGCAUACUCUACGGUGGAGUGUCUUCAGUCGACAUAGAUCAUUGACUGGUUAUGACGUUCCAACGGAAUAUCUACUCGGGUCUUUGAAGUACUUGGUCCCUAAUUAUCCUCUUGUUGAAUGUCCACCUUCCUGUCAAUGUUUCGUAUGCAGUAAUCUCUUAAGAUUCCACAGUAUAUCUCAACCUCACUAG